AUGAAGUCCACUAUCUUCUCCGCUAUCGCUAUCUUCGCUACAUUGGCCGCCGCCCUUCCCACCGCCGCCCCAGCAGAGACCACAGUGGGGAUCCCCGCACCCCCCCAAUUUCAAGUCCUGCAAGUGAUCAACUCCAGCGCAGUGGUAAACAUCAAUGAAGACACCCCCGACACUGCCCUCGGUGUUAGCACCAUCGGAGUCGUCUCCCGCACCAACAACGGGCAUAACUCCCAAGCCCUCGUCAAGUUCGAUUUCCCCGCAGGACUUGGCGGGCACAAGUGUCGAUUGGCAUUCGGCUCCCCGUCCCGCUUCAGCGGUACCGGGAGGAUCCAAGUGUACACCAUCGGGGACGCGAACAUCGCGAGCGCCACCUUCAAUCAGCGACCUUUCAGGGAUCAGUUUAAGGGUAGUUUCCGUGUUACCGGGUGGGGUGAAGCUGAGGUUGUUGAUGUUUCUGGAUUGACUUUUGAUUGCCCGACUCAGGGGGCUAAAGCAUAUGAGGUUGUCUCUGUUGGGGAUAACAAUGAGGUUAUUUGGUAUGCGGCCUGGGGCGGAUUGAGAAUUGAUGUUUUGUAA